CAUGGCGAGCUCGGAUAUGUGGCCGUCCCUGCUCAAGUAUGGGAAUGCCAGUGUCAUUCUCACCAAGGAAGCCGCAAGCCCCAAGAGAAAGGUAUCCUCCCCCUCUCGAUAGGGUUCUUACGUCCUUCCAGGGUUCCAAGCAAGCGCCGGCAGAGCCAAAGCCGCUUGCGACACAGCAAACGGACGACAUUCUUGAUGCGAUUCUACCCCCAAGGCAAUGGGUUGAGGAGGGGCAGCAAUGGAUCCAGAAGGUGUCCAGUACGCCUGCGACUCGGCUGGACGUUAUAAAUCUCCAAGAAAAACUGGAUCAAGAAUUGCAACGCCGGCAGGCACGCGAGACUGGCAUUUGUCCCAUCCGAGAGGAGCUCUAUGCUCAGUGCUUUGACGAGUUGAUCCGGCAAGUGACUGUUAACUGUGCAGAGCGGGGGCUUCUUUUGCUUCGGAUCCGCGACGAGCUCAGGAUGACUAUUGCGGCAUAUCAAACACUCUACGAGAGCAGUGUUGCCUUCGGAUUGAGAAAGUCAUUGCAGGCUGAAUGCGGCAAAGCCGACAUGGAGAAUCGCAUUCAGCAACUCGAAGGAGAGCUCAAAGAACUCGAUCGUCAAGUGGCCGAGUGGAAGAACAAGUGUGAGAUGACCGAGAAGCAAAACGCCGAGAAGAAAGCUUACGACGAUAAGAAGCAUGCCGAGGAAGUGGCGUACUACACUCGCUCGAACAAGCAACUCAAGGCCCAGCUUGAGGCCUUCCUUGCUCCGGCCAAGAAAUGAAACUCCCACAGCUUCUUCUUCU